ACUGAGACAAUGUUAAAGUUGAGUGUUAGAGACUGCUUUUUUUUUUGCUGACGAGGUCUCCGGCAACAUGCGCCGGAAUUUUGCUCGAUAGUUCUUUUAACUUGCAGACAAACGACUCGGCGUUCAAUUCCGCACUUGGACAUGAACCCUUAUCAAGGCUUCAAUCGACCGCCUGUGGAUAUCCUUCCAGCACCAUCGGGUUCGGUACCUAGUGUUGCGCCAAAUGACGAUUCACCACGGCGAAAGCGAACUCGAGCAAAAAGAAGUUGUGACAUGUGUCGCAAGAAGAAGAGCAAAUGCGACGCUGAAGUCAAUCGACCUUGCACCAACUGUAAAAAUUGGAAAACAGAAUGCGUAUUCCUUGUCGAGCAGAAGAAGCGUGGUCCCAGUACAGGUUAUGUAGAAAUGCUCGAAACUCGGCUAAAGAGAAUGGAAUCCUUGAUUGAAAAUUUGGCCAAAGCAAAUGGAGCACCAGAUGAGCCUUCGAAUGAUGAACCUUCGAUUCAUUCAAGCGAUGAAAUAACACCGCCACCGUCGACAGACGAAGCCAGCAGUACAUCGAUUGGUGAUCCAGGCGAGGCAUUUGUUGAUCGUAUGGAAUCAAUCAGCGAAUCCCCACAACCCGAUAGCCCUGACCACAGUAUUAAAGUGGAAGCGCAAAUGAAAGGCUUACAAAUCCAGGACUAUGGAAGCGUGUGUUACAUGGGGUCCAGUUCUGGAAUUGGUCUGAUUGACCGACAUUUUCUAAAGGGCAAAAAAAUGCGACUUCCCGGCGAAAAGCUAACAUUUGUUCAGAAAGUUAAUGAUGACGAAGCUGAAAAUAUCAUUGUCAAAACCGAAGUAUACACACCAGAGGAUUUGCAAGGAUAUACUCAAUCGACGACAUCUUCAUUGACUGUACAGGAUGACGAUGAAAACUUGCUGUAUGACAAAACUCUGACUGAUCGAUUGGUUGAUUUAUUCUUCGAAAAUAUUUACAUUCAUGCACCCUUUAUCAACAAAGCACAAUUUUUACACGUUUACCACAAUCCAGAAUGCUCAGGUUCGCGUGACGAAUAUCUUUUGGCAGCUAUUUGCAGUAUUGGCGCUCGAUUUUUGCCUGAAGAUAUUGUUUAUGCUACGCCACGGCAAGAUGGAAAUGGAUUCGACAUAGUUAGACGCAAAUCCCCGGAUAUUGUCAAGUUCUUUGAGCAUAAAGCCAACACCCUCGUAGACAUUGCAUUCAAGAGAUCUCGUAUCAGCACUUUACAGACUCUAUUGUUGAUCACAAUGUACUUUGAACAUAGUCACGACCCUGAAGAAACAAGUGCUCGAUGGUUCAUCGCUGGCGUGGCUAUCCGGAUGGCUCAAGAUCUAGGCUUACACUUAAGCCCUACUCGCUGGAAUAUACCCAAAUAUGAAAUUGAGCUUCGAAGGAGACUUUGGUACGCUACCUAUCUAAUGGAUCGCUGGGUUUCAGCAGAACUCGGUCGACCUGUAACUCUUUUGGACCAUGACUUUGAUGUUGAAUUACCUACAGAAUAUGAGCUCGAAUUACCUCCGUCAUUGUGCGGCGCACAGUCCAGUAGCGAGGCUACACUUGAGUCUGACGACCACAACGCAAACCGGAAACCUAAAUUCAAAGGCUUCAUCCAUAUGAUUAGAUUGACUCAAAUUUUGGGUCAAGUUUUACAGAAUCUGCAUACACCGCGCGCGAGAGCUGUAGGUCGUCGUAACGAGUCACUUGUCCGCUUUUUGGACGGUGCCCUUGUUAGAUGGAAGUUAAACCUAUCACCCGAAUUGGAGUUUAACACAUCCGUCCCAGCUUGUUCAACCAGAGGAUAUAUUCAAAUGUGCUAUAAUCUUGUACUGCUCUUAUUGCAUCGACCAGCUAGCACUGAUAGAAUUGAGAAAUCAGACACGGCGUUUCAGUCAUUAACCAUCUGCACAAACGCAGCCCAUAAUAUUCUCAGUAUUGCUGAAAAUCUUAAACCCGAGGAUUUUACACAAUCUCCGUGGAGUAUCACCAUGUAUACAAUUGUGCAGGCAUCCCUCAUUUUUUUGCACCUUUCCAAAGGAGACAACAUUCAGUUAAAGCAAUGUGGUUUCAACAGCUUGCUGCGAUGUGUCAGGCUUUUCAAACGAACUGAAUUUCGCUGCAGCGCACCUGACAAAUUGGUCAACUUCUUAUUUUCCUUGGUCGCCAUGGCCUUGGACCGAAACGAAGUUGUAACACAUUUACUGACCGCUCAAGAAGAUGAUGAAAUAGCCCGUAGCUUUGCCGCUGAAGUUGAUGAGAUGAACAUCAUUCCCACUGUUGGCCUAUCUGAUCUCAACAUCGGAAGGGAGAAAGUAAAGCGCGCUGCAUCAGUAACACAGCAUGGUCAGAGUAAGCGCCCGAGAGCAAAGGAUUGGAAUGCCAAUUUAUUGAUGGAUAUGUUGGACGCCAGCGAAACGGCUGACAGUCAUCCAAUUGAUCCCACCAACGACUUCAAUCAAAGUUUACAAAUGCCUAUUCUCCAACCACAACAACAGCUUUCACCGGCAUCAAGAGGAUAUAAUCAAUCAACCGUUGCCAUGACACCGAAUGAAAGCCAACUUCUCUGUGGGACAGAAUUAGAUACAAGUGAUUCGUAUGCACUUAUGGAAGGUCUUCUUUCUAUCAACUCACCGACCCCUAGAACGCAAAGCCCAUCCAAUCCGACCGCUACAUACAAUUCUGAUGCGAACAAUGUGCAGAUACAGCUACCCAACUUUGCCUACAUGAGUGAAUUGCAUGCGCCUGAACCUGAUUCUGAACAACCUCAAGAUAUCAUCCAGCAGUUGUUCCAAAACCCACGUGUACAAGGUGCAAAUGGAGAUGACAGCAAUGACCCGUCUCUUUCCUUACUGAAUUCCGAAAUCGCUAUAUGGGAAGCACCGUCUUCUAUGAUAUGGAACGAUUGGGAUCAAUAUGUCACAUCCCUUACAUCAGCUCAGUAAACUUUGAUUUGCCUAUAACCCCGUUCUUAGAUGUUCU